UCACUCUGAUUUCUACACACACACACAGAUGCACACACACAAACACAGAGGCAUGAUAUGGUCUGGGGCACUCAGCUGUGCAGUUUCUAUUAGAGGGGUCGAGGAGCAAUUGUCAAGACAUGGACUUUAGCCAAGAGAGACACUGAAAACGGCUUGACUGCUUUUGGACUGGAUGCCUAAUCACUCAAAGCCGACCUUGGAAAACUGAAAGGAGGGAAGUGAAAUUGUGUGACGCAAGGGUACACCCAGUUCCAUAAUGGCAAUCCCAAAUGACCUCUCCCUUUUCAACUCCACCUCCUCCCUUUAUUCAGCAACAAAGAUUGAACCUAACACCUCUCUGGCCCCCUCUGCUCCCCACUGCCCGGACUGGCCUCCCAUACCCAUGACCAUAGUUAUCCCCGCCAUCUACAGCGUUAUCUGCGUGCUGGGAACCAUAGCCAACGCCCUGGCAGUGUGCGUGUUGGCCCAUGCCAGCGCCUCAAGGAGAACUGUUGCUAACACUUUCAUGCUGAACCUGUGUGUAUCCGACCUGCUGUUCCUGCUGUCUCUCCCGCUGUGGGCCGUCUACUACUCCCAGGGCUACAGCUGGCCCUUUGGCUGGGUUGCCUGCAAAGUCUGCGGAGCUCUCCACAAUCUCAACCUCUACGCGUCCAUCUUCUUCAUCACAUGCAUGAGCAUAGACCGCUACCUGGCCAUUGUGCAUCCGCUCCGCUCCCAGAGUGCACGAGACCCCAAGCGUGCCCGGCUUACAUGCAUCCUGGUGUGGGUGCUGGCAUGUGCUUGCUCGGCCCCCAUCUUUUACCUGAGGAACACUUACCACCUGGAGAGGCUUGGCGUGGAGGCCUGUGUGAUUGACUAUCCUGAUGAUACCUGGUAUAUGACCCUGGUCUGGAUGAAGAUGUGUCUGGCCUUUCUGCUGCCACUGCUUGUCAUCUCUUGUUGCUACUGUGCUAUAGGUAGACAUUUGUUGGCUGAUACAGGGCUGGUAAGAAUGCAGAAUGUGUCACACCCCAACAUGCCCUCUUUUAAAUCACUGGAGUCCAGGGACGGUUGCAGUAGACCAGACAGACCCCCGACUCCCUGCGUGAGCCCCAGCUUUAGCGCGAGCAGACCCCUGGAGGGCAGGGGGCUGGAGCGGGUGUUGUGGACAGUAGCUGCUGUGGUCGUGGCCUUUUUCCUCUGCUGGUUCCCCUUCCACUGCGUGACCUUCUUGGAUGUGCUGAUGAGUGAUGGCUGGUUGGAUGGCUGUGGGAUAGACUGGACAAUCCACAACCUCACCCCUCUGACCCUCUGCUUGGGCUUCUCUAACUCUGCCAUCAACCCCGUGCUAUACUGCUUCAUCGGGAACCAUUUCCGAGGCCGUCUCGGGGGGCUCUGCAAGGGCCUGUGUGUUCGUAUGAAGGUCCGUGGCGAUGAUCACAGCCAGAAGAGGGGCUCCUUUAGCACCAGGCUAAGCUCCUUCUCCCGAAAACUCAGUGACCUGAAAGACCUGGCGAUUGUGGAGCCCUCGGGUUCUGCUUAGCAAGUCCCUAGAAGGGAGACUUUCCCCUCACUCACUUGGUCUCACACCCCAAAGAGUGAUGCCAGCGUCAAGUGACUGCCAAACUCCAAUAUGCAUGAAUGUGUGAGACGGAGCUGUUACUAUAACUGACUGAGUCAAAGUCCAGCAGAGCUCCAUUCUGCCCUACAAAGACAGAAAAAAAGGAACUAAAGAAAACAUGAAGCUGAGGGGAAAAAGGUUUAAAGGAACAGUUCGCCCUAAAAACACAUAUGUUUUCUCUUACCUGUGGUACUUUUUAUCAAUCUAGAUUGUUUUGGUGUGAGUUUCUGAUGUUGGAGAUAUAGGACGUUGAGAUGUCUGCUUUUUCUCCAAUAUAAUGGAACUAAAUGGCACUCGGUUUGUGGUGCUCCAAAUGGCAAAAAUAAAACAAAAUCUGCAUUUGAAAAACUCAACAGCAAAGUUUCUUUCCAGAAAUCAUGACCAGG